AAACUGAUUGGUGCAUGGAAAGGGGUAGAAAUCAGCUUUGACCCAAACCAAAGGACAGGCUACCAAGACAAAACAAAAUAUUUUUGCAGCAAAUAUUAGAAUCUGAGAUAUUUUGUAUUUAACAAGAUGUCACCCAGAUUGAUGUUGUCUUCAUGUCUGGCACUGUGGAUCAGCUUCUGUGCCGUCACCUUGGCUGAGGACUGGCUGACCAGAGCUCAAAACCUGAUGAAAACAACGCCGCUUAUUGAUGGCCACAAUGACCUGCCUUGGCAGCUUCGAAAGCACUUCAAUAAUCAACUCAACAAUGUGGAUCUCAACACAUUGAAUAUAACACACACCAACAUCCCGAAGGUCAGGAAGGGGCAGAUCGGUGCACAGUUCUGGGCGGCGUAUGUGCCCUGUGACACGCAGUACAAAGAUGCUGUCAGACAAACUCUGGAGCAGAUUGACGUGGUCCACAGGAUGUGUUCAAAAUACCCGGAAACUUUCCAGUUUGCCACCAGCAGCAAAGAUAUCGAGGAAGCCUUCAAAUCGAAUAAGGUGGCCAGCCUGAUUGGGGUGGAGGGCGGUCACUCCAUCGACAGCAGCCUUGGGACUCUGCGCACCAUGUACCAUUUGGGUGCCCGCUACAUGACGCUCACACACUCGUGCAACACACCCUGGGCGGACAACUGGCGUGUGGACACCGGAGCAGACCCACCUGAGAAUAACGGCCUGUCUGCUUUUGGCAAGAAACUGAUUAAAGAGAUGAACCGUCUGGGGAUGCUCAUUGACUUGGCUCACGUGCCUGUAACAGUGAUGAACCAGGUCCUGGACAUAUCCGAAGCUCCUGUUAUCUUCAGCCACUCCUCUGCGUACACCGUCUGUCCACACAAGAGGAACGUCCCCGACGAUGUCCUCAACAGAGUGAAUGAAACUGGAGGAAUUGUGAUGGUGAACUUCUACAAUGACUAUGUGACGUGCAGCCAGACGGCCCGCCUCUCAGAUGUGGCUGAUCACUUUGAUCAUAUAAAGAAGGUGGCCGGCGCAGGUAUUAUUGGUUUUGGUGGAGAUUAUGACGGAGUCACCAGGGUUCCUGAGGGUUUGGAGGAUGUGUCUAAAUAUCCCAACCUGGUGGCUGAACUUCUGAGGAGAGGGUGGACGGAUGAGGAAGUGAAAGCAGCUCUUGGAAAUAACCUCCUCCGGGUCAUGAGGGAGGUUGAAAACGUCCGUGACAGAAUGUCGACCACCUCGCCAGAUGACAGUCCUAUUCCAUACGACGAUGUGAAGAAUCCCUGCAGGACGAGCUACGGCUACACCGACUCUGGAGCUGCUCGCUCGCUCAGCACAUUGACCCUUUUGCUCGUUACGGCUUUCCAGGCUCUUAUGACGUUAAUAGAUUAGAUAAUCACCUCAGCAGUGACAUUUUCUUAAAUCAUAGGAUUUUAAAUCUUUCAUUUUAAUGUUAAAACUCUUAGUUCUGGUAAACUUUCAAUUAUAUUAUCAGUUACUAAAGAACAACAAUUAUUCAAAGUAGAGCUUCAGCUUAAAAUUACUCAUCAAAGGAUGCAGGAGAAGCAAAUCUUAGACUCUUAUCUUGAUUAUACUACAGUAUCCAAAUGUUUAAAGAAUGAUCUGCACUGGAUGGAAGCUCUUAUGUGAGACAAUAGUGCCAUCUAGUGUUCUUUGUAAGACACUACAAGAGUUUUUAUCAACCUUUUGGAGAUCUGCUGGACAUGAACACUAAAUAUGUCAGAUUUCACAGGACAGUAAAACACAGAAAUAAAGUGUUAUCAACUUUUG